AGAGGAGAGAGAGAGACUGACAGAGACAGAGAGAAAAGAGCAUCAAAGAGAACGGAUACCUUGAACUGCCCCGCUGUUGGUCGAAUUGCGAGACAAUGAGCUUUCCGUAUCACUGUGACGCCGAGGUUACCUUCCCAUCAGCGUCGCUGGCGACAAUAGCUUGCAGAACUCUGGCUGUGGACGCAGAAUUGCAGCCGAAUAAAAUCAUCCGAACUCUUCGCGUGGAAGGAUCAUCCCUCUUGGCGAAGUUCGAGGCCACAGAAGCACGUACACUUCGCGUUGUCCUGUCCGGAUUUUACGACAUGGCUUCGGUGGUGGCAAGAACGUUCUUGGAGUUCGAUGAUGGGGGUCUCGGUGAAGCAGGUCGAUGAUUGCACGCGGACACUUUGUUAGCUUUGGCAGCAGCUGUGUGCGAGAGAGAGAGAGAAAGCUGCCAGCAAGUCGCCUACGAGUACUUCUCUGCCAUCGCGCACGAACCGACGGGUGUAUACGUGGGUUCAACGCACGCCUCGUCGGAUUUAGCCGUGCUGGUGGUGUGCAUCGAAGGCAAAUGGAAGUGAACUGUCCAGGGUUUUAAUAUAGCAUGUAUCGCCAGUGAAGAGUACUCUUCCGUUGUUCUAUUCUAGAAAUGUUAUCUCGUCAUCUGCCGUCCCGCUCGCUACCCCCACAAAUCCAGUGUUGAUUGAGAGGGAGGGGCAGAAUGUGCACGAUUAAGGGGACGAACCGAGGGGAAGGUCACUGGCGUCAUACGUGCGCACUGGAAGGUGCUCUGGAGACGGGACACAGACGAUGGGAAUGGGGUAGAAACAUAUGAAGAGGAAGAACACGUCGUUCCGGAUAUUGGGAGUGAAAAGUUGCAAUUCUGUGGUGGAAAGCAAUAUGUUCGGGGGGUAUAUACAGUAAAGGGGAAGAGACUGCUGAACCUGUCCCGGGGUGUAAUUCGAACGGAAGCACUGCACGGGAAGGUGAGACAAAUACAAAGAUGAAACCAUGUGUUUCCUUCCUCCGGCGUGACCCCGGAUGAUCGUCAAGUAUACCUAGUACGCCAACAGGUGUAGUCUGGGGUCAAGAGUAGAUGGAACGAAACAUUCACACAGCUUUCUAGGAGUCGAUGUGCGUUACGCCCCGCUAGCAACCGCCUUCUCGAUGAAGCUCCAUUUAUGAUUCCUCUUUAAACCACUUUUCGCCAUUCCUUUACAAUGAGGCACGUUGAACAAGUGU